AUGCUGAGCAGUUCCAGCUUUACUCUGGUGCUCCUUGAACUUUGGAUCUGUCUCCUGGUGGCAGAAGCUUCCUCAGCAUGCAACAUCAUAGACGACACAGCCUGGUGUGGCGUGAGGAACCUACGAGAGGUGCCUCCUCUACCUCAUUAUAUAACUAAAGUGGAUCUCAGUCUGAAUGACAUCGAGGAGAUCCAUGAGGAAUCCUUCAAGGGCUCUGAAGCCAUACAAAUUCUAAUCCUGGACCAGCAGAAUCGACCUCUUACAAUCAAAAACAAUGCGUUUAGGCGACUGUCCAAUCUGACAGAAGUGUAUCUCAGAUACAACAGGUUCCUCCGACUGGAACCGGGAGCGUUUCACGGAUCGCUCAAGCUUCAGACUCUCGACCUCACGUACUGUUCGCUGAACGACUCUAUUCUGUUGGGUGAGAGUUUGAGAACUCUGGUGUCUCUGGAGAAACUGAUACUUAAGGACAACCAGAUAAAAAGGAUCCAUCCGGCUUCGUUCUUCAUCAACAUGAGCAAACUGCACACGCUGGACGUCUCUCAGAACUGGGUUACGAGUCUGUGUGAGAACGAUUUAUGGGACGGUUUUCAGGGGAAACACUUCAAGCUGCUAAAAUUCAGAGAUGUUAAACUGACCGAUAUGAAUCCGUACUGGUCCGGAUGGGGCGAGUGUGGAAACCCGUUUAGGAACAUGUCCAUUACUGAGCUGGAUUUGUCUCAAAAUGGCUUCAGUGUGGACCUUGCAGUGCGGUUCUUUAGAGCCAUCAGAGGAACCAAAAUUCACUCUCUAAUCCUUAAAUAUAGUGGUAGCAUGGGUAAGGGUGUGUGGUUCAACAACUUGAAAGACCCAGACCAAAAUACGUUCAAGGAUCUUUCUGAGAGCGGUGUUAGGGUUCUGGAUUUGUCCAACGCUCGGAUAUUUGCUUUAAAGAACUCAGUGUUCAGUUACGUUCCAGAUCUGGAGCAAAUCUCCUUGGCUUUUAAUUCGAUCAGCCAAAUUGAGACGGGUGCUUUUGCCGGACUGAGGCGUUUAAAAUCGCUCGAUUUGUCCCAUAACCUCCUGAUUAAAAUCGGUUCAAGAUCAUUUGAGAAUCUGUGCAGUCUUGAGGUGCUCGAUUUAUCCAACAACAACAUCAGGACACUGAUGCCCGACUCGUUUAAAGGACUGGGCCGUCUGGUUCGACUGAACCUUUUACAAAAUCCUGUACAAAAGGUGCAUGUUUUGGGUAUCGUUCCACAACUGCAGGUAUUUUACUACGACAAAAUGACCGAAUCGUCCACAUCAAACAAAAACCACAUUUAUUGAUUUAGGGGUGUGACAGGAUUUAGUAACGCUGGAGAUUUCCAGUUCAUGUUUGGUUUUGUGGUUUUAUUUACUAAAUA